AUGUACGGUUCUCACAUACCACAAGGCUCGCCUCAGGGACAUGGAGGGGCCCCUCUCCCCCCGGGAUGGACAGCGCAGUACGUGGCCGAGGAGCAGCGUUAUAUCUUCAUUAACCAGCGCACCGGGGAGCGUAGCUGGACACAUCCUAGUCCUCCUUCGAAUUAUGGCGGGCCUGCUCCUCGGGGUUAUCCCCCCAGCAGUGCUGGCCCCGGAGGUGCGCCGCAGAACCACAACAUGCUUUACGGUGGUGUAGGGCUGGCGGCUGGUCUGGCCGGCGGUGCCUUUAUGAUGCACGAACAUGACAAGCACAAGGAACACGAUAUGGAGAGACGAUAUGCCGCCGAAGCCCAGAUCAAACAGCAUCAGUAUGACGACCAGGUCCGCAGACUAGAGUACGAGAAUCAGAACCUCCGCCAACAGGAGGCACGGGAGCAGGAGGUCGCGCGUGACUAUCGGGAGGAAGCUCGGUUGGAGGACCAGCGUCGCUUUGAAGAUGCACGGCGAUUCCAGGAAGAGGAGCGGUUCGAAGAACGGCGGGAGUGGGACAACGAGCGUCGCUUUGAAGAUGAACGGCGAUUCCAGGAAGAAGAGCGGUUCGAAGAACGGCGGGAGUGGAACGACGAGCGUCGUUUUGAGCAGGAGCGGUUUGAGGAACCAAUCAUCCAGGAAGUGGUAGUCGAAAGAGUGGAGAAAGAUUAUGUCUAUGAUGACCGCUGGUGA